AUAGAUCGGUACGAUAAAGUUCUCGGGCGGCCCUUCCGUCCAGCGUUUUUUAUCAUGUCUGCCGUAAUUUUAUCAUGACCUGGUGCCUUUCCAUUAACUUGUAACUAUAGUAGCAACGCAUUUUUAUUUUCCUGAGAUUUAUGUUUGUUGUUCUAUUUUGUCUUAUCACUAAGAUAGGUACUACAUAAAAUGUCACAGUCAUCGAUAAACUAUAUUUUAAUUCUGAUAUUUUCGCGUAUAAUUUCAGUAUUAUUUCAAAAAUAAUUCGACAAUGUAUUCUAAAAUCACUGCAAUUUUUAGUUUGUUAGUAUUUUGUAGUGUAAGUUAUGUGAACCCCCUGAAGAUUUUAGGGGUGUUUCCCUACGCAGGCCCUAGUCAUUACUUUUUAGGAAAUGAACUCCUAAAAGGUAUGGCUGCAGCGGGUCAUGAUGUUACCAUGAUUACAGUCUUCGAGGAUAAGAAUCCUCCCAAGAAGGGGACGUAUCGGCAGCUCAUAUUACAGGAAGUGCUACAAUUGCAAUAUGAUAUGUUCGCAAAUAUGUCAAAACUCAGCGGUGGGGACUCUUUUUCGGCAAAAGGUCCUUUUGGUAUGCUCUCCGUUUUCAGUAUGAUUGGUUUAGCUAUAACAGAAGGAACAUUAUCCCAUCCUACAGUACAGGCAUUAAUAAAGUCAGACGAAAAGUUUGAUGUCAUGAUACUCACCCAAUUUGCAGUAGAAGGAACAAAAGCAUUAGCUGCCCAUUUUGGCGCUCAUUUAGUGCUGUUUAAUGAUAAUGCUGCAACGUGCUGGGUAAACCAUUUUGUAGGAAACUCAGGUUUACCUUCGUUGAAUCCUGAACUAGUUUUUGAUUAUCCGCAAUUGAUGAAUUUUAAACAGAGAUUGACUAACACUUUGUACACGAUGGCCGCAUAUUUGUACCAUAAUUACGUACAAUAUCCAGCUCAUGCUGAGCUAAUAAAGAAAUACGUAUCAAAAGAUAUGGACUUGACCAAAAUUCAAUAUAAUGUCUCCUUGGUACUCUCAAACUCACAUCCAAGUUUAAACAAUCCAGCAGCCUCAGUUCCAAAUAUGAAAGAAAUAGCAGGGUACCACGUCAAGGAACCCAAACCAUUGCCUGCCGAUCUUAAAAAGUAUUUGGAUGAAUCCAAGAAUGGAGUCAUUUAUUUCAGUAUGGGUUCUACCAUUCUAAGCAGUAGUUUGCCAAAAGAAAAAAGAGAGAGCAUCUUGAAAGCUUUUUCUAAAAGAAAAGAAAACGUUUUGUGGAAAUUUGAAGAUGAAAACUUGCCAGGAAAACCUAAGAAUGUGAGAAUUGAAAAAUGGCUGCCGCAAUCGGAUUUAUUAGCUCAUCCAAAUGUUAAACUUUUUAUUACCCACGGAGGCUUUUUAAGCACUAUCGAAACUAUGUACCACGGAAUACCAACUGUAUCAGUGCCUGUUAUUAACGAUCAGAAAACUAAUGCCAGACAAGCUGAAAAAAAUGGUAUCUCUAUUGUUGUAGACUAUAAUACACUUACAGAAGAACAACUUUCUGAAGCUAUAGAAGAAAUUCUUUCGAAUCCAAGAUAUCGCGAAAAUGCAAAAGCCCGCUCCAAAAUCUUCCACGAUAGACCACUAAAACCCAUGGAAGAAGCAGUUUACUGGGUAGAAUACAUCACAAGACAUAAUGGUGCUAAACAUCUCAGAGUUGGAUAUGUGGAUUUAGCCUGGUACCAAUAUUACCUACUGGACGUGUUUGGAUUUAUAUUUGGAGCUUUAUUCUUGGCUUUGUAUGUAAUAAGGAGGGCACUUUGUUCUCUAUACUGUUUAGUUUCUGGAGGAACCGCUAAAAAAGUUAAAAUACAAUAAAAUUGUUUUACAAUAAUUUAUUAAUAAAAAAUAUCACAAGGAAGAAA